AUGGCCACCAAGGCGCGCAACAGCGACCGCGGCGUCGACGCCCGUGGCGCGACGGCCAAGGCGGAAGGGAGGGCCGACGCCGGCGGCAUCGACGUCCGUGCCGCCGCGAACAGGGCGGACGGGAAGCAGGGCGGCGACGCCGUGGGCAAGGCCGGGGAUCUGCGGGGCAGCAUGUCGCACACCGUCGACGCGAAGGACUCCCUGAAGAUCGUCGCGCUGGAGGCGCCGGUGACCCUCGAGCGCCCCGUCCGUGGCGACCUCGAGGAGCACGUCCACAAGCCCUAUCUGGCGAGAGCGCUGGCGGCUCCGGACAUCUACCACCCGGAAGGGACGACGGACGACCACCACCAGCAUCACCAUAUGAGCGUGUUGCAGCAGCAUGUCGCCUUCUUUGACCGCGACGGCGACGGCAUCAUCUAUCCGUCGGAGACUUACAGCGGAUGCCGCGCGCUUGGGUUCAACGUGAUCAUGUCUGCCUUGAUCGCGCUAGUCAUCCACCUGGCCAUGAGCUAUCCCACUCUGCCUGGUUGGCUGCCGUCCUUUCUGUUCCCGAUUUACAUCCACAACAUCCACAAAGUCAAGCACGGUAGUGACUCGGGGAGCUAUGACAAAGAGGGCCGGUUUAUGCCGGUGAACUUCGAGAACAUCUUCAGCAAGUACGCCCGCACGUACCCGGACAGGCUCAGCUUCUCGGAGCUGUGGCGGAUGACCGAAGGGAACCGGGAGGUGUUCGAUUUCUUCGGCUGGAUCGCGAUGAAGCUGGAGUGGUCGAUCCUGUACGUGCUGGCGAGGGACGAGGAAGGGUACCUGGCGAGGGAGGCCAUUCGGCGCAUGUAUGACGGGAGCCUCUUCGAGUACGUGGAGCGGCAGCGCCAGCAGCACGCCAAGAUGUCCUAGAUCGAUGCCCAAGAUGUCCUGUAUCAGGAGUAUAUGGUUUCUGUAGCUGUAUGUAUAGGACACAGACGACUCUCGAGUCCCGAGUCCCGAGAUGUAUGGGGUGUCGGUCGUUGCUGUGGUUAAACAGAAAUAAUAAUGUGAUGAGAUAUGGC